UGAGAUCAUAAUUAAAAAAAAAGAAAAGAAUACUUCAGCGACUAACCAACGAAGGGCGCGACAUCAACGAGAUUCCGGCGUGCAUUUACGAUCGACGUCGAAUUCUCCGGCGGUUCUAGCCAAGCAGCAGCGUGCAAUUCUCUCGACGCUACAACCUGGAUCCUCGAACGGACAGAUUGUCGUCGGCGCGAACACCACCUUGUGUUAGUUGACAACCACUCGCAAACGAGUCAUUCUGCUUUAGUUUGGCGAAUUCACACUUUGAGCGACCUCAGGUUGUGUACUCAGAUCUGAAUAACCGAACAUUUUCGGUGAGAAUCAGUGCACCGGUUCGUUCGAGACACUUUUGGAUUUGUUUUAAGUGCUGUGAAUUGGGUUCUAAUAUUUGGAAACUUGUCGAUUGAUCAGUCUUGAAAUCGUUUAAGGUGUUUGGAUACCAUUAUUUGGAUUUGUGCGUUUGCUUCUAUUGAUGGAUUCUAGUGUUACUAUCGCUACUGUAAUUCUCAGUAUUAGCUUGAUUUUAAGCCGUAUUCUUUACGUUAUAUAUUGGAGUGGUAGACCUCUUCGAAACAAAAGCCUGGGACCUGUCAGUACCCUCAUUGUUUUAGGCUCAGGGGGUCACACGGCGGAGAUGCUCAAUGUGUUGUCUGUGCUGCAGAAGGACUUGUUUUCUCCAAGAUUCUACAUUGCUGCUGCUACAGAUAACAUGAGUCUUCAAAAAGCUCGUACAUAUGAAAACCAACUGGCUGAUAAGAAUGAAGCUGAGGUAGACAAGAUUGCACAGUUCAUGCAGAUCUACAGAAGUAGAGAAGUAGGACAAUCGUAUUUCACUUCUGUUUGGACAACUUUAAUUGCCACAUUGCACGCACUCUGGCUAAUGAUUAAAAUUAGACCUCAAGUGAUUCUAUGCAAUGGCCCUGGUACUUGUAUCCCAUUAUGCUUAAUUGCAUUCAUAUUCAAGGUUCUAGGAAUUAGAUGGUCUUCAAUUUUUUAUGUGGAGAGCAUUGCAAGAGUGAAGAGAUUAUCACUAAGUGGAUUAAUUUUAUACAAGUUAUACGUGGCUGAUCAAUUCUUUGUGCAAUGGCCGCAGCUACAAAGAAUAUACCCCCGCGCUCACUACGUUGGUUGUCUCAUGUAGUUGACAGCGGAGUUCCACACAAAUAAGUAUAAAUCUCGUCUGAAUUUUUCUUAUGGAGCUUUAAAAUGUAACAUAUAGAAAAAAAGUUGUCAAAAUUCUGACGCCAUAACAAAUAGUUUUGACAAGGAUAUGUUUUUGUGUUUGAGAUAGAUUUUUCAAUAUGAAGUGGUAAAUCUCACUUUUGUGGAGUGUUGAAUCUGUAAUGUUUUCUUGUUUAUUGCAACUCGACCAACGAGUUUUUCCAUGGAGCUAUAUUCUCAACAACUAAUGGUUAGUUUCAAUUCUUUGGUUA